AUGGAAUUGAGUUUGUAUGGUUCACAGGUGAGCAAUCCUUUUUACCGUUCACGCCCCAACCACGAGAUUAGCCUGGCAACGCGCGAGAAAACCACCACAAACCAGUACCGGGAGCGGCCAGGAUCCGCACUGCAGCACCCGUCCCGUCCGUGCUCGGCAGCCGGAGCGCACAUCAGGCGUCCCCUGUCAGCGGACAGUACGCAGUAUCGCUACCGGAAGCGGCCAUCUUCGAGCGGAAGUGCAGUGGACGUACCACGCCAUACUGUUUCACCAUUCCAUCAGCGAAGUACAUCCUCGUCUAGCUUACUGCUGAAAAGUCUACUAGCGGAACCGAUUCCUCGCUACUGGGAAUCCAAGUCAUUGGCACGAUCAACUCAGAUUGCUUCAACGCGUGGUUCUUCGUGUAGCAGUGCGGAACGCAUUCGGCAACACAGACGAUAUCAAACGCUAGUUACGGAGGGCAGUGCACGUCCCGUAGUGAAGACGAAAACGCGUAAGCGAUCCGGCAGUGGUUGCGCAUCGAAAAGAAGCAAACAGAAAACCAACACCGAUCGUCGAAGAAGGCGCGAUAGUACCGAAGAGGAAGAUCCUGAUCGUGACGAGGCGGAAAGUACGAUGGACGAAAUGGACGACACGCAAGAGUCUAACAACGAGGCAGAGCUGGAAGGCAUUUGGAGAGGCAAACCCACCACGGGAAGCAAUCGGGAGGAGAAAAAACGGUCACCUCCACUACCGAUGGUCGCGUUGCCUCUUAAUAGGAAAGCGAUUGAAAUCAGUUCCUGUGGUGGUGUGAAAAAGAACAAUACAUCCCCGGAGAAGCAGUCGCGUAAGAUGGACCUCCCUGGGCGAGUGUCCUUUAGCUCGAAUGAACCGUACGAGAUUGAUUACAGCGAUUUCGACGAGAAUGAAUACGGUUGCAAUAAAGAUGCUCAAUCUAAGCAAGCGCUGAAAACUAAAGACCCAAACCACAAGAAACCAUCAUUCGCCAGCUCGCUGUACGAUGAAAGGAUGUUUCAGGAGAGUUCCCUAAUGGAAGAAGUGUCGGUACGGUUCGGGAAUGUGAAGUUGGACGAAGAUGUUACGACGAGCUCGGGCUAUGAGACCAAAUGUGAUGAAAAUGUGAAAGCAACCCUGAGAAAGAGAACAUCAUCGGUAGUAGUUGCGUCACCAUCACCGGUUAGUGAUGUGCGCGAGUCUAACAAAAUCAUAGAAGAGUACAAGAAGGAGAUAGAAGAUCUUAACCGAAGACACGACAUGGAGCUGCGGAUGGCCGUACGAGAUGUGGAUGAUGUACCGAUGACACCGAAACCGUACGAUCCCAAAUGUUUUACGCCUUCCGAUACACCGGAAGAUCUGUUUGCCAACUCACUAUCUACAAAGGCGAUUGAAAGUACCACGGAGGACACGGAUGUGGAGCAGGAUCGUCCUCCAUGCCGUACGACAAGUAUGCUGGAGAAAAACGUCAUCAAUGAGUACUAUGAGUGCAUCAAUGAGAUAAUAACGGAACAGUCCCCAUCCAGACGACCAUCGAACCAACGCACACUGCCUGCUUUGGGUGGAUGUACCGAUGAGAAGGAAGACACGAUCCAGCACAAUUUGAACAAUGAAUGUACAAAGAGUGCACCCAAGGAUAAACAGUUUGCAUCCGGUGUAAGCGUAUCCGGGAAGGGAAAAUCCACAAAUACGGAUAAAAACCGGUUAGAUGCUAGUUCCAAUCCAGUGAUCAAGAAUUACUUUAAGGUGAAGGAACAGAACAUUGUGAGUGCAAGUGCGAGCAGUUUGGCGAGUGGCAGCGGUAGCAGCACCACCGGCAGUAAAUCAGGACACUCCAAGAACUCGUUGGCAUCCAAGCGAAAUGGCAAGGAAAAGCCCAAGUCAGCCGAUACACACAAAUCUAUUCUGCGUAAUUCCAAGAAACAGAACAACAAUGUCGGAACCGUUGGCAUGGGUUCGAAUGGUAGUGCUGGAUCGGGGAAAUUCUCGUCUGGUUUGUGUCGGGAAGAUAGCAAUAUAUCUGAAUUUCACAUGGAUAAGGUCGUGAGUUGGAUGUCGUGCAAUGAGGAUACGUUUCCGACAAUACCGGAUGUACCCGUGCUGGACGAUGUGGGUACUGAUGAACAACAGCGCAAGUGUCCUAUAGGUGAGGAUAGUUCUACAACACCCAGACAAGAGCCGACUGAUAGAUCUCCGCCCUAUGGUGUUAGCUUCGAUAGUGUACCCAGACAGAGAACGGAAGCACCGGAAGAGAUUGUUAGUAGCGUGCAGUCGAACUACGAUGACGAGUCUGUCGUAAGCGGAAGUGCCAAACAAAAGUCGGAUUUUCAAGCACUCAAGAACGAGGUCGAAUACAGGCUAAGCAACAUAUUGGACUGUACCGAUUCUCAGGUCAGCUCCGGUUGUGAAGGUGAACCAUCCGAACAACCGGCAAAGGGUAAGGUGAAAGACCUUUUCUCGUACCUCGAUCAAGUCGAGCUAAAGUGUGAGAAGAGCGCUUUCAAAGGAACUACAGGAUCUGCUGCUGUGUUACCCUCAGAAUCCGAUCGUUCUGAGCUGGAUUUCGCUGCCGAACCGGAUUAUAUUGAAGCUGUACCAAAAAUGAACGACCUUUUGGAGCUUCCCCCUCAUCAGCUUGCCAGGAGAGUGAUCAAAUUGUCGCUCCGUGCCAACGAACUAAGUAACGCUAUGCAACUGUCCAAAAAUCACAUUGCCACAGUGAGAGCGGACAAGGUGAAAGCGAUCCGCACUGAAAAGUGUGCCCUACAGGGUAAGCUAAAGGAGCAGAAGAAACAUUACGAAGACAUCAUCGGACGGCAUCAAGAAUUCAUCGACCAGCUGAUCAAGGAUAAGUCGGGCUUGUGUGAUAAGGUGACGCAGCUAACGCGCCGUCUGGACUCGCAAAAUCAAAGCUGGGAGCACCGGUUAAAGACGGAGCUGGAGCGUGCGCGUGAUACAGCCCUUGCCGCUGAGAAGAUUCGCCGCGAAAAAUGGGUGCGGGAAAAUACGAAGAAAAUCAAGGAACUUACUGUGAAGGGAUUGGAGCUGGAGAUCAACAAAAUGACUGCCACACAUCAAAAGGAAAUUGGUGAAUUGAAGCGACAGCAUAAGGAUGAGCUAAUGUGUGCUCUCGAGGAGCUCAAACUGCAGUACGAACAGAAGGAAGCAGACGUUCGGCAAGGGUUGACAAAGGAUCGGGAGACUACGAUCGAACGCGAGCGACAAGCAUUACUGGAACGGUUCGAUCGGCAAGUCACGGAAGAGCGAAACAUUUUCGAACAACAGCGUCAGCAUCUGUUGAGUGAGUUUGACCUCGAGAAGGAACGGCUCCAGAAGGAUGCGGCCCGUAAGGCACAGUACGCCGAAUCUCAGCUGGAAGAUCUCAAGCGUGAAAAUGUAAAAAAUCUCGACUUUGCUCAGAAAGAGUAUGUGCAGAUGUUGAAGCAACGGGAAGGUAAACAUCAGGAUGAGCUGGAAAAGCUGCAGAAGCAAUUCGAGUCGGAUUUCGCCAUCUGGAAGCGUGAACACGAGCGAAAGUCAAAGGUGGAGCUGGAACAGCGUGAAAAUGAGAUCCGUGCCCAAUGUCGCACGGAACGUGAUCAGCAAAUCGAUCGUAUCGUGGCGAAAGUGGACGCCGAGACGCAAAAGUAUCAGCAAGAAUUUGAUGCCAAAAUGAGUCGGUUAAAGGAGAAACAUGAAGUAGAGCAGAAGGAAGCGGAAGCGUCGGAAGCGCUGAUGAAACAAAAGUAUCAAGAUUCGCGUGUAAAGCUAGCAGAGGCGGAAGCGACGAUACAGAACAUGAAGGCGACGGCAAAACAAACCGAAAUACAGCUCAACCACGCGAAGAAGCUCUGUGAUGAUCUGCUGCAGGAAAAGGAAACGAUGCGCGAAGAGGCACGUCGGGAGGUGCAGAAGGAUAUGACCAAUAUGCAGCGAGAACGGGAACGUGAAAUAGAACGAAUUUACUUCAGAGUGCAACAAGCCAUCGAGAAGAAAGACGCGUCCAUAGCGGCUCUACAGAAAGACAUUGCAGGGCUGAAGGAACGUUGCCUAAAACAGGACGCCAUCAUUCGACAGCAACGAAUGGAUUAUUGUACAAAAUAGAAUGCUCCAAAAUAUGAUUCCAUCGGAUGACUGAACACAACCCAUUGGUAGUAGGGCAAAGUGUAGCUUUACAAUUGUAAUAUUUAUUUAUAAAGAUAACAUUAGACAAAACAUAGUACAUUUUACAUAAAC